GCUGCCAGUGUGUUAGCUCAGCAGCAUUAGGAGCAGGACACGAGAGCAGAGCAGUUCAGCGAAAACAAAACUGGCAGGACUGGGAGAAGUGAAAUUGGAGAGGAAAGCUGGGACGGGCACAGGGAGUUUAGGAUGGAGCUUUAGUUACUGCAUUGGGCUUGAACCGAGUACAGCAGCACUGGCUGGACCAGGGGCUGAACUGAGCUGUUCAGGGCAAACUGCUGUGCCUCAGUUCAGGUGAAGCUCACACUGCCAGACGGAAUCAGGACAGGCUGGACUUGGAGUCUCCAGCUUUGGAUUAUGGGUUGCUCGGCCAGUGUGGUACUGCUCCUGCGCUCAGUGGGCGGGGCCGACUGCGGUCACAUGUGUUCACGACAGGACCAGCUGUCACUGGAUGCUGCCACGCCCACCUUAGAAGGUUAUACCACUACCACCCCACCUCUGACCAUCGUUGUAAUGCAGGAGAAGCCUAAAGUAAUCGAUCCUCUUGACUACGAGACCGUCAUCUCUGAACUGGGGGAUGAGUGUAAAGAAGACCCUCUCAGAGACCUGCUCCUAUUUCCUGACAAUGAUUUCUCAGUAUCCACAGUGCCUCAGGAGAGACGCACUGUCAAAUCCACUGUUCCCGAGGGGGCAGAACUCCACGCUGAAUGUCUGCUGGUCAGACAGGCCUGCAAGUAUUACAACUCUGAUCUAAAUGUGGUCCAUUUCAAGUAUGACGACUACGCCGGAGACUACCGGCUGCUGCCAAGGAAACUGUACAAAGCAGAGAAGCUGCCAUCCCACUCUUUUGAGAUUGACUAUGAAGAUGUGGACAAGGAUGAGGAUACCACCUCUUUGUCGUCAUCCAAAGGAGGAGGGGGCGGAGGAGGUGGUGGUGGGGGAGGCGGAGGGAUUGGUGUGUUUCGUUCAGGCUGGCUGUAUAAAGGGAACUUUAACAGCACCGUCAACAAUAGCAUCACUGUUCGGUCAUUCAAGAGGAGGUAUUUCCAGCUCACCCAGUUAACAGAUAACUCCUACAUCAUGAAUUUCUACAAAGAUGAAAAGAUCUCAAAGGAACCAAAAGGGUGCAUAUUCCUCGACUCAUGCACGGGUGUGGUACAGAAUAACCGCCUAAGGAAACAUGCCUUUGAGCUGAAGAUGAACGAGGUUACGUACUUUGUGCUGGCCGCAGAGAGCGAGCAGGACAUGGAGGAGUGGAUUAGCACGUUGACCCGUAUCCUACAGAUCAGUCCUCCUGAAGCACCAGCUCAAGACCGCAAGAGCUUGGAACUCAACGAACACCGGCAGGAUGUGUUUGACCUGUCGUUAAGUGACUCCUGUUUGCAGGAAAAUGAAGAAACCACAGAGAACGGCAUCAAUCCAGAGCUAGCAAAGUAUAUCUCAGAGACAGAUGAAGGAAUUCGUUCCGCCAGAAGAGAAGAGAGGUUGAAUCUUUUCUCGCUCGAUCCAGACACUCCCGCUCUGAGAAGCCCACGAAGUGAACAUUCAUCCACUGAAAGCACACCAGUGCGUCCUUUUGAGGAGAAGCUUGGCAGGAGAUUUAUGGCAACUUGCCGAUCUUUCAACCUCAUGCUACAAGGCUGCGUCAACGAGAGUGAAACGGGACCGGUCACUAAUAUUGAACCCUUCUUCGUGUUGCUGGCUCUGCUGGAUAUACGAGAAGGGAGGAAGGUGUCUGCAGACUUCCACGUAGACCUCAACCACGAGGCAGUGCGUCAGAUGCUCGGAGGCCUAAGUAACGGGACGGGGGCUCCGGGUACGGAGGUUGGAGGUCAGGAAAAUGGCUUGUGUUCUCCUGCUGAGAGGAAGCCUGGUGACUGUUACCUCAGCUUGGACCUGGAGCACUGGCUUUGCUUUCCCAAACAGGCCAUUUUCUCAGUGACCAACCCCCACACAGACAUAGUGAUGGUCGCAAGAGUGGAGAAAGUGCUCAUGGGAAAUAUUGCUUGUGGAACUGAAGCUUAUACAAAGAAUACAGACUCCAGCAAGACUGUUCAGAAGAUUUUGAAGUCCAACAAACAGUUUUGUAGUAAACUGGGAAAGUACAGAAUGCCAUUUGCCUGGUCUGUCAGGUCAGUGUUUAAGGACAGCCACGGAGCAUUGGACCGAGAGUCUCGUUUCUCACCUCUUUUCAAACAGGAGAGCAACAAGAUUUCCACAGAUGACCUCAUAAAGCUGGUGUCUGAGUACAGGAGGGCUGAGAAGACAAGCAAACUACAGACUAUUCCUGGGACGCUGGAUAUCGCGUUAGACUAUGUUCCAAUGGAGCAUCCUAACUGUGUGACGUCCUCCUAUAUACCAGUGAAGCCCUUUGAAGACCUGACUAAACACCAACCCACAGUGGAGGUGGAGGAGUUUGCACAGGACACCACCAAGUUCAUUCAGCCACAUCGCGUCUACAAAAACCACAUCUACGUCUACCCUAAGCAUCUCAAGUAUGACAGUCAGAAGAGCUUUGCUAAGGCUCGUAACCUUUCGGUCUACGUGGAGUUCCGCAGCUCAGAUGAAGAGGUUGAAAAACCCUUAAAGUGCAUCUAUGGCAAACCAGGAGGACCAGUCUUUACCACAACAGCCUGCUCCACUGUCCUACAUCACUCUCAGAGCCCCGACUUCUAUGAUGAGGUGAAGAUUGAGCUUCCUACUCACCUCCAUGAAAAGCACCAUCUUCUCUUCUCCUUUUACCAUGUCACCUGUGACAUUAAUGCCAAGACAAACUCAAAGAGGAAAGAGACUCUGGAGACCCCAGUGGGAUAUUCUUGGCUGCCUCUGCUCAAAGAAGGCCGUGUGUCAUCUCAGGAGUUCAACAUCCCCGUCUCCUGUAACCUGCCUCCUGGAUACCUGGCCAUCAAGGAAGCCAGCAACACCAAGAAUGGAGCAGAUAUGAAAUGGGUUGAUGGAGGAAAGCCUAUUUUUAAAGUAUCCACCAACGUUAUCUCCACAGUAUACACUCAGGACCCCCACCUGAACCGAUUCUUCCAGCAGUGCCAGAAGAGAGAGCUGGACCUCUCUAUACCUCCUACCUCCAACUUCCUCAAUUGCCUGAAGGGUCUCCUCAGCAUGGAGAGAAUCCCAGUGAUAGUCCGAUUUCUGCCAGUCCUCUUCAACCAGCUGUUCAAGGUUCUGACUCAGAAUGACAAUGACGAGGUCACUACUGCCACCACCAGAGUACUGGUCCACAUUGUUGCAAAGUGCCAUGAAGAAAACCUGGAUUCUAGCCUGCACUCCUACAUCAAGUAUGUGUUCAAGUCAGAGGACCAUGGGUUUAGGACAGUUCAUGAAGAGCUGGCUAAGGGAAUGACUUUUGACCUGAAGAGCAAUGAGCAAGCAGCUGUCAAGAAUGUGCUGAAGUUCUCCUGGUUCUUCUUUGAACUUAUCGUCAAGUCCAUGGCCCAACAUUUGGUUGACUAUGACAAGUUAAAGCUUCCCAGGCCCCAGCGUUUCCCCUCAUCUUACCAGAGCCGUGUGGAGAACCUGGUGGAGACAGUGUCUGAACACAUUUUCUGGAAGAACAAAGAGAUGCCAGAAGAAACACGCAGUGCUAACUUAGCUGUGGCAGCUUUUGUGAAGCGCUGCUUUACCCUGAUGGACAGAGGCUUUACAUUCAAACUAAUCAGCAACUACAUUAACAUGAUCACUGCUACCGACAGCAAGGUCUUGUGUGAACUCAAAUUUGAAUUCCUGAGAGAAGUGUGUAACCAUGAACACUACAUUCCUCUCAGCCUGCCCUUACCUUCCGCUCGCAUCACAGACCAUGCAUUCCCAGAAACACAAAGUACUCAUGCAUCAGUGCCUGAGUACAACCUGACUGGAGAGUUCUGCAGGAAACACUUCCUGACUGGCUUGUUGCUGAGGGAACUGGGGCUGGCUCUCCAGGACGAGCAAGACCUGAGACACCUAGCCUUGGCCACCCUGAAAACCCUAAUGGCCAAACACUCUCUGGAUGCACGCUAUGCCACCAAGGAAAAGCAGGCAAGAAUUGCAUCUCUCUACCUGCCGCUGUAUGGCCUCAUCCUGGACAACAUGCCAAGAUUCUUCCUCAGGGACCUUUUCCCCAUCUACUUUACUGCUAGUGACCAAGGCUCUCGAGAUGACCUCAGUGUGGGAGCAGUGGCAGCUGGAGGGGUUACUCGCCAUGCCAACUCUGUAGAUGCCUCAUUUUCCAAAGAAGUACUCAAUUCCAUUACAGCCUUCUCCUCCUUGGCAGUUGCUACGGGUAACCAGGCUGACUCUCGAGGCUCUCUGAUCAGCGUGGACUCCAACCCGAGCAACAGUGACAGGAACAGCGAGAAAAUGGACGGAUGUGAGAAGUUUGCCCGGCCCCAGUCCCUGAUAGGCUACGGUUCUCGAUGUGACAAGCUGGACCAGGCAGAGACCCGCAGCCUCCUCAUGUGCUUUUUGCAGAUCAUGAAAACCAUAUCUGAAGAUGUGCUGGUGUCCUACUGGCACCGCGCCAUUCACCAGGAGAUCUCGGACUUCUUCAACAUUCUGGAGCUCUGUCUUCAGCAUUUUAGAUUCCUUGGAAAACGCCACAUAGCCAGGAAGCUAGCAGCGGCAGUAAAGCUGGCUCAGUCAACCCACGCCAAUGGCACCCUGAAGGGCUCUAACAACCCCUCCCAGUCCUCUCAACCCUCAAGCCUCUUCCCACAAUGGAUGGCAUCUGGGGGUGAUGGCCACCGGCAUGCUCGCUCCCAAACCAUGCCCAUCAUCAGGGGCAAGAAUGCCCUCACCAACCCCAAGCUGCUGCAGCUGAUGGAGCCAGAUGGCAUUCAGGAUGGGGACACGUUGAGUCCUACAGAUGUUGAGGCGAACAUGUCCACAGAGGUCGCCCUGACUGUGCUGGAUGUACUAGAGCUGUUUGUUCAGCAUCAGAAGAAGCAGCUGUUGCAGGACGAUGGACAGAACACAUUGAUGAAGAAGGUGCUGGACACCUACUUGCUCUUCUUUCAGAUCAACCAAUCAACUGCUACUCUACGGCAUGUCUUUGCUGCACUCAGGCUUUUUGUACAAAAGUUUCCCAGUGCAUUCUUCCAGGGUAAGGCAGACCUGUGUGGCUGUCUUUGCUACGAGAUCCUCAAGUGCUGUAACCAUCGAUCCAGCUCCACCCAGACGGAGGCAGCUGCCCUGCUGUAUUUUUUCAUGAGAAAAAACUUUGAGUUUACCAAGGGAAAGUCGAUCGUUCGCUCACAUCUGCAGGUUAUCAAGGCAGUGAGCCAGCUGAUAGCAGAUGCUGGAAUCGGAGGCUCGAGGUUUCAACAGUCUCUGGCCAUCAUAAACAACUUUGCUAAUGGAGAUGCACCACUGAAGAACACUCCAUUCCCUGCUGAGGUGAAGGACCUGACCAAACGGAUCAGGACAGUUCUGAUGGCUACAGCCCAAAUGAAGGAGCAUGAGAAGGAUCCUGAAAUGCUGGUGGAUCUGCAGUACAGUUUGGCCAAUUCCUACGCGAGCACGCCUGAGCUUCGACGCACUUGGCUCGAGAGCAUGGCCAAGAUCCACGUCCGCAACGGGGAUCUCUCAGAGGCUGCUAUGUGCUACAUCCACAUCUCAGCCCUGAUUGCUGAAUCGCUGAAGAGGAGAGGCUACUGGAGCGCUGACAAGGCCAGGAUGUCCAGUGUGUCCCCUGAAGAAAGCCCUGUCUAUAAAUGUAGCUCCUUACUAACUACCUCCCGAGAUCCAGACACAUCCUUCUCCAUGGGCUGGGCAGCAUUUAUGUGCAUCAGCCCUAAUGUUAAAGAGGAGGGAGCCAUGAAGGAAGACACUGGUACACAAGACACACCAUAUACUGAGGACACCCUGGUGGAGCAGCUGGAGCUGUGUGUGGACUAUUUGUGGAAAUCGGAGAGAUACGAGCUCAUUGCUGACAUCAACAAACCUGUAAUUGCUGUCUUUGAAAAGAGAAGAGAUUUUAAGAGGCUAUCAGAGCUGUACUAUGACAUCCAUCGCUCCUACCUGAAGGUGACGGAGGUGGUGAACUCAGAAAAGCGUCUCUUUGGGCGCUACUACCGUGUAGCUUUCUACGGACAGGGUUUCUUUGAAGAGGAAGAGAGCAAAGAGUUCAUCUACAAAGAGCCAAAGCUGACAGGGCUGUCGGAAAUCUCCCAGAGAUUACUCAAACUCUACUCAGACAAGUUUGGAGCUGAAAAUGUCAAGAUGAUCCAGGACUCUAAUAAGGUAAAUCCUAAAGACCUGGACCCCAAGUUUGCUUACAUUCAGGUCACAUAUGUAGUGCCCUACUUUGACGAGAAAGAACAAUGUGACAAAAGGACCGACUUUGAGAGGCAUCACAACAUCAACCGGUUUGUAUUUGAGACACCGUUUACACUGUCAGGAAAGAAACAUGGAGAUGUGGAGGAGCAGUGCAAACGGCGCACCAUACUGACUACAAGUUCCAGCUUCCCUUACCUUAAAAAGCGUAUCCAGGUGGUGGAGCAGCAAAGCACAGAAAUGAAUCCAAUUGAAGUUGCCAUUGACGAGAUGUCACGUAAAGUCUCUGAGCUCAACCAGCUCUGCAACAUGGAGGAGGUGGACAUGAUCCGGCUGCAGCUCAAACUGCAAGGCAGUGUCAGCGUCAAGGUGAACGCAGGGCCCAUGGCGUAUGCCAGGGCAUUUUUGGAGGAGAAGAAUGCUAAGAAGUAUCCAGACAACCAGGUCAAACUUCUGAAGGAAAUUUUCAGGCGGUUUGCAGAAGCCUGUGGUCAGGCUUUGGAUGUAAAUGAGCGUCUGAUCAAGGAGGACCAGCUGGAGUACCAGGAGGAGAUGAGAGCUCACUACCGGGACAUGCUGACUGAGCUUUCUGGGAUCAUGAAUGAACAGAUUCCUCACACAAGACAACCAGGAACAGAAAGGCACAGCACCUACUGAACGGCCAGUAGACUCGCCAUAAACAUUUUGUCCCAGUGAGCCUCAGAGUGACUCAUUUGAUUGUUUCCGACCUUUUUUCCCCCCCUGGAGCAGUUGGCUACUGGAACUGUGACUGAUGAAGAGUGUAGAGGACAUUAAGGGAAGAAGUGUGUAGACUGUGGUUGUGGUAGUCUGUAGUCCUGUUGUUGAACGUUGUCUACAGUAGAGAGCAGGCUGCUGGACUGUUAGCUACUGUACGUUUUGAUUUAAAAGACUCGGUUCGUGUGUCGUAUAGAUUUCCCUGCCCCCUCAAGUGAUUACAUUUGCUUACAUAUUGGCAGACAAACCUGCAAACAAAUACAAAUGCACACAAACACACAACAUGCGCCUUCUCUCCACAACCCUGACCUUUUAGAGAACAGUGACCUUACUGAGCUCGAGGUGCGUUCAGCUGUAUGAAAUAUAAAGCUCUCUGGUGCAUUUUGAUUACAGUUAUUUUUACAUUUUUCUGUGGAAUAUUACUGAAUUUCAAACUAUUAAAAGAAGUCUCGCAAGACAACUAAUGUGAAAAUGGCAAAUGAUUUGAUUACAGGUUUUAAUUAGCCAAGAAUGUGAGGAGUUGAACGCACCUCCAGUUCUUGUUUGAAUGUAGAGCAGCUCCACAUUGCUACUUUGUAUCCUAGCUAACGAUCUGGAAAUAUCAGCUUGCCAAUUUUCAAAUGGAAACAGACAAAAAAAAAUAUGUUUUGUAACAUUUUUAUAAUUGAAAAUUCAUUGUUACUGUUAUUAUUUCCUGUACUGUUUUAAAUUGUAAAUAAGAAAUAUUAAUAUUUAAAAAUGUUUGAAAUGUUGCUUUUUAUAAAAUAUACAAUAUAUAAAUUUGUUUAGCUGAAUAAAAACAAACAAACAAACAAACAAAACUAAAGUUUUAUGUAUAACAUUUAAAUAAAAUUUUGUUAAUGU